UAGUACUAGAUCUAGAACUAGUAGAUCUAGAUCUAUCUCUAGAUUCUCUAGUAGAUCUAGAUCUAGAUCUAGUAUUUAGAAAAUAUACCAAAUAGUAAAUAUCUUGUCUACUGAUUCUAGAGUCUAGAUCUAGAAAUAUAGAUCUCUAGAUUUAAGUAAUUUUCACUGCUUUUUUUACAAGUCGACAAAGGACUGAAGCUGUACACUGUAUUGAAAUUAAAAAUGCUGAACAAUAUGUCUCCAAAUUUGAAAAAUUUCAUGAAGACUUUAUAUUUAUGUUCUUGGAACACUUGUAAAAUUCAGACGCCUCAAAGCUUAAGGCCCUUUUGCUACCAUAGUCAGCCUUCUACAGUACAGUGGACUACAAAUAAACAUUUCAGUCUUUUACAUUGCAACCACUUUCAUAAAUCUGGCAGCUCUGUGUUCUUUAAUAUAUAUCAAAACAAGAUUCAACACUGCUAUUACUCAACCAGCAGCAGAUGCUAUUUUCAGCACAUUAGUUUAUACAAUAAUGUCAAGAAAAUAGUGUGUUCAGAGGAUCAUAUAUUCAGAACAACAAGAGACAACCAUACUCUAAGUAAAUUCAGCAUCAAUAACCCUGUGUAUGCCUCAUAUUUACGUCAUCUCACAGAGGAAUAUGAAACAUUACGUUCAGCCAUACAAACAGACAGUGAUGAUCAGCAACAUUUAAGGCUAAAUUUUUUACAAUCUGUUAUGUAUAUAAUAAACAUCAUCCAUGAGAAACAAAAGGAAUUACAGGAACUUGGUACUAUGUAUAAUGCUGAGGAGGAUUCUGAAAUGAAAGUAUUAUUGCAAAAAGAGAUUGAUAAGUAUACAAAUGAAAUUGAAAGUGUUGAAAAAGAGUUGGUUGAUGCUCUAGUGGGUGUAGAUCCAGCCGACCAUAACGACAUUGUUCUUGAAAUAACAGCAGGUGUAGGUGGUCAGGAGGCCAUGUUGUUUUGUUCUGAGUUGUUGCACAUGUACUAUAAGUACGCUACUCUCAAAGGCUGGAAUAUAUCAAGUGUAAUUGAUGAUAAAAGUGAAACAGGUGGUUCACGUAAAGCUACUCUAGAAAUCAGCGGAGAUGCAGUGUACAAGCAUUUGAAGCAUGAAUCAGGAGUACAUAGAGUCCAGCGGAUCCCAAAAACAGAAAAGGCUGGGCGUAUUCACACGAGUACAGUCACAGUGGCAGUGCUCCCUCAGCCCUCAGAGAUAGAUAUUGACAUCCAGCCUGAAGAUUUAAAAGUGGAAAGUUUUCGCGGCAGUGGUCCUGGUGGACAGUCUGUCAAUACCACAGACAGUGCAGUGAGGAUAACUCACAUUCCCACAGGAACAGUGGCAGAGUGCAGACAAGAGCGUUCACAAGCUAAAAAUAAAGAAAUCGCACUAAAGAAACUCAAAUCUAGGAUUUACCAAGCACAACUUGAAGUGGAAGAGACUAAAAGAAGGACAAUGAGAAAAAUGCAAAUAGGCACCAAAGGCAGAUCAGAAAAAAUUAGAACUUACAACUUCCAACAGGACAGAGUGACUGAUCACCGCGUGAAAGAGAACUAUUCAAACCUGUUGGAGUUUAUGCUGGGAGGGGAAGGUUUGGAUGGGCUUAUAAAAGCUUUAGACUACCAUGAAAAAAUGUUGAAUAUUGAAUCAAUGUUGGACUCUUACCAAAUGGAGUUACAAAAAAAUAAAUCAGGAAAGAGUUGAUAUGUGGCUUUUAACUUAUUUAUACAAUUUUCUUUUACCUUAUAAAAUAAAAGUUACUGGAACUUACAUAGUUGUGGAAUAAACCCAAAUCUCAUCA